GUCGUCAGAGGGAGGCACGUCUGUGACUCAUGCCUGCGUGAAAAGACCAAGGCAUAUAAAGGGGCGAGAGAAGCCUCAUAUAUAAAUAAAGAAUAAAAAAUAUUCUUGAGCGAGAAAGGGUCACUUGCGCGCUGCUGGAUGGGAAUUUUUGUUGGUGCGCUCUAUUGGUAUUCCGCUGUCAGUGCCACUGGACUGUUUCUUGUCGUGCCUUGGGUGGAUAUAGUGUACAGUUAUAGUUUCUCUGGACUCGGCAACCUGUGCGCCUGCAAAUCGGUAAGUUAUUUUCUCGUUGAAGAUCAGUCCCGGAGCGACUAUAACAGAGGAGUGAUGGCCACGUCUGAACCGACAGCCACCGGCCGAGAGCAGGACCCCAACGCUGCCAAUUUAAGACCUCCAUCCACAACCUACGAUCAUGCGUGGAUGCACGGAUGUACACGGAAACUGGGGAUGAAGAUUUGUGGGUUCCUGCAGAAGAACAACAGCCUGGAGGAGAAGGGGAGGCUCGCGGGCCAGAAGAACCUGCUCUCGUGCGACAACAGCGACAGGGACGCGCGCUUCCGCCGCACAGAGACCGACUUCUCCAACUUGUUUGCCAGAGACUUACUCCCAGCCAAAAACGGAGAGGAGCCCACCAUACAGUUUUUGUUGGAGAUGGUCGACAUCCUCACCAACUAUGUCAAGAAGACUUUUGACCGCUCCACCAAGGUGCUGGACUUCCAUCACCCCCACCAGCUUCUGGAGGGCAUGGAGGGCUUCAACCUGGAGCUGUCCGACCAGCCUGAGUCCCUGGAGCAGAUCCUUGUGGACUGCAGAGACACGCUCAAAUAUGGCGUCCGUACAGGUCACCCACGCUUCUUUAACCAGCUGUCUACUGGUCUGGAUAUCAUUGGUCUGGCUGGAGAGUGGCUCACCUCCACUGCUAACACCAACAUGUUCACCUACGAGAUCGCUCCGGUGUUCGUGUUGAUGGAGCAGCUGACCCUGAAGAAAAUGAGAGAAAUGAUUGGCUGGCCUGGCGGAGAGGGGGACGGCCUGUUUUCACCAGGGGGCGCUAUAUCGAACAUGUACAGUGUGAUGAUCGCUCGUUACAAGUAUUUCCCUGAGGUCAAGACCAAGGGCAUGUCUGCUGCUCCCCGCCUCGUCCUUUUCACCUCUGAACAUAGCCACUACUCCAUAAAGAAGGCAGGAGCAGCUCUGGGCUUCGGCACCGAGAACGUGAUUCUGCUCAGCACAGACGAGAGGGGGAGAGUCAUCCCUGCAGACCUGGAGGCCAAGAUCAUUGAUGCUAAACAGAAGGGAUACGUUCCCUUGUUUGUGAACGCCACAGGUGGCUCGACCGUCUACGGUGCAUUUGACCCCAUCAACGAGAUUGCAGACAUUUGUGAGAAAUACAACCUGUGGCUCCAUGUCGAUGGAGCAUGGGGAGGUGGACUGCUGAUGUCCAGGAAGCAUCGCCACAAGCUUAAUGGAAUUGAAAGGGCCAACUCUGUCACAUGGAACCCUCACAAGAUGAUGGGUGUGCCUCUCCAGUGCUCUGCCAUCCUGGUCAGGGAAAAGGGGAUCCUUGCAGGUUGUAACUCCAUGUGCGCCGGCUACCUGUUCCAGCCAGACAAACAGUACGAUGUCACCUACGACACGGGAGACAAGGCCAUCCAGUGUGGCCGACACGUUGACAUCUUCAAGUUCUGGCUCAUGUGGAAAGCCAAGGGCACCAUAGGGUUUGAGCAGCACAUUGACAAGUGCUUGGACCUGUCCCAGUACCUGUACAACAAGAUCAAGAACAGGGAGGGAUAUGAGAUGGUGUUCAACGGAGUGCCCCAGCACACCAAUGUUUGCUUCUGGUACAUCCCUCCGAGCCUGAGAGGCAUGCCAGACUGCGAGGAGAGACGAGAGAAACUCCACAGGGUGGCGCCAAAGAUCAAAGCCAUGAUGAUGGAGUCAGGGACCACCAUGGUUGGCUACCAGCCUCAGGGUCAGAAAGUCAACUUCUUCCGCAUGGUCAUCUCCAACCCAGCGGCCACCCAGUCAGACAUCGACUUCCUCAUCGAUGAGAUCGAGAGGCUGGGGCACGACCUGUAGAAGUGGCACUCUCGAUCCACUACCGCCCUAGUGGCCAGAGGCCUGAACUACAAGCUCAUAUCUGUUGUAUUUCUGGGGCCGAGGCCAGUGCAAGUGAGACAGUCACAGUGCUGCAGACAGAGUAGUGAGGAUAUAUUUUACAGUCCUUUUCCACCCGGUGUAUCUCUGUCUGCAGCAUUAUGAUGGUUUCCCUGAUGGAGGAGACCCUAGCGAUGAGAGAGACUUUGUUACUUGCUCUGUCCCACACAGUUCCUUGUCUAGACAAAGUACCAGUACCUGAAGGUUUGGGCUCACGCUCCAAUUACAGUGUUAGAAAAAAGUCGUAAUGUAUGUGUGUGCUGUAGAAUCUUGUAACGUGUGUGUAAUCUAGUUUGUCGUCCAGUUGUGCAACAACAUGGUUUGUCCCUCAGUAUAGGAUAGUGAAUGGAUGAGUGUAUGUGUGUGUGUAUGUGUGUGUGUGUAUCUGCUUGGGAAUGGGUGUGUUGGGACACGUAAAGGGAGGAAAAGCACAGAUUAAAAUAUUACAAAGUAUCACGAGACAAUUCAGCUGUAUCAUACAUAGCUAUAUAAUAUUAAAUCAUUGGUGCUUUCAACUGUACAUAUAAUAUAAUUAAUGCCAGUGCACCAAACCUCUUGUCCUAAACCAGUGUCCAAGCCCCUGACCUGGUGUGUGAGCAGGUGUGUAUGUGCAGUGUGUGGCACAGUGUGUGUGUGUGUGUACUCUCUGUGAUGUAUUCUAAGUUAGCACUGUGUUAAAAAAAAAAAUGAGCUUAUGACCUAAUGUGCACACCAUAGUUACCAAGUGUGUUGAGGUGGGAGGACCUAAGUCGCCUCUCGCGAACCAGUCUACAAUCUGCAAUAUUUUCCUUGUAGAGUUUUAAGAUUAGGAUUUAAAAUGGCUGAAUCUAUCAUUUACUUUUAACUGGAACAUGUAAAACGCUGGCUCGUUGUCUGUUUCACGCAAUCAUGUGAUACCUGUUUGUGUUUUUCACAAUGGUAAAAUGCUACUAUGAUAUUUGAUUAUACAAAAACUGAUAUAUAUAUAUUGCAUUUUCACUGUUUGCAGAUUCAGGUAUUUUAUUGUAAAUGUAACUUUAUGUAUAUUACAUGGUAAUAACAUUUGUAAAUGUAAUCACUGGAAUUUGAGUAAAGCUUAUUUAUAGUGAUUUUGUCAGCCAAAGAAAGAGAACCGGGAACAGAGCAAUCCAUUGUCCUUCAUAUAAGUAUAACCCCUAGAUAAUAGGUGUUUGUAAAAAUGUUACCUAUUGAUCCUCUAACUGCAAUGCAAUUUAUAUGGUGUGUUUCUUUCUGUGAUUGUGAGUCUUUUUGAAUGAAUGUUCUGAGACGAUCGACUGGCCUUCCGAUGAGAUUAAAAUGAUAUGAAAUAUAUAAUCUUCUGGCAAUCAUGCCAGUCCUUUAGUUUAGAGAGAAGCACAAGGAUGCAGAGAGUGUCUGUGGGAAUGUACUCUCCUCUAGAGGCUGGGAAGAGAGAGGAUUGUUGUCGUUGUCUGGAUCUUAAUAGAUUUACUGUAAUAUAAUAUAUUAAUUGUAAUACAUAUUACCUGUAUUUUCAGUGUUUUGGGAACUCAUUGGAGUAUAAAGAGUUCCAGUUUGUGUCUUUGCACAAUGUCCACCUUUCUUUCUUCCAUUGUAAAUGGAUGUGUAUUAACUGCAGUAAUAUAUAGGAGUUAUGUUAACUAAGUAUUUAUGGUAUCUAGGGACCAUAUGUGUGAACUGCACAAAUUGCAUAUUUAAGAUAAUAUGUGUACUGUAUGUGACCAAUGACUCCUAUAUGCGACCAGUCUGGUUUCUGAUGGAGCCAGUAUAGUGUGUGGGGGGGCGUUUCCUAGGAGGUUUCAGUAGGCACUUUAACAGAAUCAUACCAUCUUGAAUAAAGUCUAUAAUAAAGCCUAUUAAAGUCAUAAAGUCAA